CUAAAAUGUGACGUUAGUAGGAGGAGGUUAAUUGUGAUUUACAGAAAAGAUUAUUUGCCAAUUUAGUCCCAAAUUUUGGGUUAUUCGUGCAAAUUCCCCAAGUUUGAUUAACGACUCGGCUGAAGCCACCUCCGCCUCCGCAUCAUCGGACAAAACUCGGCACCUUCUGCUUCGCUCUCAAGUCUCGACUUUCAGAGUGUCCGAAUCUUACUUGAGAUACUGUUUCCAUCUAUUUACGAGAAGGCGAAAAAAGGGUUUCUUCUUUGGCCGACAAUCAAUGGUUUCCUGGCCUUCGGUGUAGGAGUGUUGCCAUUAUAGUUAGAGAUCUAUUUGACGAUGGAAGUAGCCGAGAAAUCCGAAGAAACGGCAUCAACUAGUACUAAAAAAUUGCCCGGAACGGUGAACUGGGGUACGGCAACAACUAUUGGAGUGUUUGCAGGCAUGUUUUAUGGAGGAAGCAAAGAAGCAGCCGCUUCGGUGAGUAAGGAUGCAGAAGUUACAUUGAAGCUUGGUAGCACACCUGACAAGCGUGAACAAUAUAGGUUAAUAAGAGAUGCAAUGGAGAAAAGAUUUAUCCGAGUUACACGUGGCUCAAUAGUUGGUGGUGUGCGCCUUGGGAUGUUUACAGCUGCAUUUUAUGGUCUACAAAAUCUGCUAGCUGAGAAGCGUGCUGUACACGAUGUCUUCAAUGUUGCUGCAGCUGGUUCUGCCACAGCUGCUACAUUUGGUCUAAUAUUGCCAGGAUCACUCAAGUGGCGUGCUAGGAAUGUAGCAUUGGGAUCUGUCCUAGGUGCAGCAUUUUGCUUCCCUCUUGGUUGGCUUCAUUUAAAGCUUGUAGAGAAAGCAAAUGAAGGUAAUGAAGCGCUUGGUUAUCCUAAUAAAGUUCAAAAGGGAGAAUCAAAGAGUGGUGUCGGUGCUGCUAUUGAGAGAUUUGAAGAAAACUUGAACAAGUAGAUUAAAUGAUCUUCUCUCCAUUUUCCAGCAUAGCAAGAUACCAUGAACAAAGUCAAAGUGGAGUGAUAUACAGACCAUUUCCAACCAGGGUAGUUGGUUUUUUGCUUGCAUUCUACCAUUUUUGCAGGAGUUUCUGGUGGUUUCGAAGAUAAUAAGCUGGCCAUUCUUGGGGACUACCAUUAUAGGAAGAAAACGUGUUUCAUCUUGUUCCUUUAAUCUCAUUUCAUUCUCAUAUAGGAUUAUCUUUUUGGGUUGUGUUACCUUCAAAGAUUUGUUUCAUGAGCGAAAUGUGAGGAUUCUUUCUACAAACAAUUCCCCGUAACUUCAUGUUUAGAUAGCGACUUUGAUCGCUUAAUUAUAUGGAUGUUGGAGUCUUGGAGAUGAAUCCAAAUGAAUAAACUGCUGUCUUCUGGAGAAAUUUGAAAUAUUGGGGUGUGUACCCUCCUAACCUUUGUA